GCCACAGAUAGACUGCCAGUGCUCGGCAAGACGGGCUGGCAGCCUAACUCCAAAGCUUCAUCGACGACGCGGGUGUAGUAGCCCGCGAGCGCACCAGGACGACAGAGCAGAACAGUGAGACCAACCAGGGCAGGUUCAUUACCUCCGCGUGACAAACUACCGCACCACGAUGAGCCGUGUGGGUGUGCUGCGGCAGUAUAUGGCCACCGUUUUAGUGAAUCUACUCGGUGUUAGCUAUGGCAUGAUCAGUGGCUGGUCCUCGUCCGCUCUGCCCACGCUGCAGACAUCCGCCGGUGAUGAGAGGCUGCUAGAGUCGGGAGCCAUUACGCUGCAGCAAGCGUCCUGGAUCGGUGGCGCCCUCUGUCUGGGUGGGAUUGUCGGUACGCUCGUCGGUGGUGCGAUUGUGGACCGGCUCGGACGCAAGUGCACGGCUUGGAUAGCGGGACUGCCGUUGGUCGUGUGCUGGGUGCUGGUCAUCGUGGCCAAUCAUCCCGGCUAUCUGAUGGGAGCUCGCUUUCUCGGUGGGCUGGCGGGUGGUAUUGAGUUUGUCGUAACCCCACUCUACGUGUCCGAAAUAGCCUGCACAAGUCACCGAGGUACGCUGUCCUCGUUGCUCAUCCUUUCGUGUUGUUUGGGCGUGGAGUUUGCAUAUCUUGCCGGUGCACUGCUGCAUUAUUACACCAUCCCGUGGGUCUCCGUCAGCGUUCCAGUGUUUUUUCUCGCAACCUUCUGUUUCCUGCCCGAAACUCCGUCCCAUUUAGCCAAGGUGCAAAAGCUUGCGGCUGCCGAACGCUCAUUGCGCUUCUUCCGUGGCAUCCGGUCGGAAAAGGACACUAUCGGGGAGGAUGAGUACGUCCGUGAGCUUCAACUGCUACAGAGCGUACACGCCAAGGACGCAACCGUGCUAUCGUGGAGCGAUUUCACGAGCCGCCAUGCACAGCUUGGCUUGCUAAUCUGCCUGACACUGAUGGCGCUGAAUCAGUUCUGCGGUUGCUUCUACAUGAUGAACUAUGCCCAGUCGGUAUUUGCCGAGUCUGGCUCGGUGCUGAAUCUAUCGCCCAGCCUGUCGGUCAUUGUGGUCGGGUUGAUUCAGCUCAUCGGGUGCUACGUCUGCACGCUGCUAGUGGACCGUAUAGGUCGAAAGAUCCUGCUACUCAUCUCGUCCUUUGGGUUGACACUCGGACAGAGUGUCUUUGCGUCGUACUGCUACGGCCAGGAGCUUGGGUACGAUCUAACGUCGUUCAGCUGGCUGCCUUUGGUUUGCUUCUCCGUAAUCGUUUUCAUUGGCACAAUAGGCGUCGGAACGAUGCCGUUCGUUGUGCUGGCGGAAAUCAUGCCACAAAAGAUCAAAGGAUUCGCAACCACCUUAUGCAUGGUGACGAACUGGACGUUUGCAUUUAUUGCGCUGAAGUACUUUUCAACACUCAGUAUUGUUUUUGGCAUGUAUGGGUUGUUGCUAUUCUUUGCAAUCUGUUCCCUCCUGGGCAUGUUGUUUGUGUUGUUGGCAAUGCCGGAAACUAAGGGUAAAACCUUCCAUGAAAUAGAACGCAUUAUGGAGAAGUAAACGACACAAAAUAAACAUUCACGUGAAAUCAUUUUCUGAAAAAUACAAAUCUACUAUAAAAACAAUCCUCUGACAGACGAUAACCACAUAUAAAAAGCUUAAUUUUAUUCCCACAGUACACAAGGUCAAAUGGCGGUUGCCUUCCGUUCAUUACCAUUUGAAGGGAUUCUCCAACCUUCCGCCUGGAAGCAACAACCGAAAAAAGUAUUCCAUGUCUACAAAGCAGAUACUGCUUACAACGAUUAACUGUGCGGUAAUGAGUACUUAAUUUCGUUAAAGCCCAUAAUCGUUUACGAGAACGUGAGAUGAAUGUACAAUUUCUAUUCCAACAAACACAUCCCUAAAACCGUAUCUAUUUGUAACGGAUAUUGUAAUACAAUGCUCAUUUCUUUUGCCUCGUGGCCACGUGACAGGAAAGUACCUAAAAGCCCGUUAUUGAUGUGUCUGUAAAAAUGUUGUGUUCCAGAAUAUCUUUAAACAUUUCAAUAAUAUUACCUCCUGUCUGCUCUAGUGGUUAGCAUUUUAUUGAAACCUAACGCCAUGCUAAGUUACAAUCUACUUGUAACGCAUUUUUUUUUCUUUGCGAUCGACCCUUAUAUAUUCAACAAUGUUAGCAACAAGCUGUACUGUUUCUCUUCGUUAAGUCCUUUCCAUAGACAUCCAGCACGCGCAAUGCUUGCAUCUCAAAAUUAUCUAGCGAAGUCUCGACAGGGCGCUAGGACAACAUUUGAUCGUGAUAAAUACGUGACACGAUUCUCAAUGUACCGUUCAUUUUCACAUUGACAUAAUUUUGCACUCAAACCAAACAACGCCUUCGGAGAUGAAGGACCAUCCGCCUCCAUCAGUUCCCGUUUGAAAAGAAGGUCUCCUAUCUUAGGGCGCGAUUUCAAAAGCGAACAUCGUCAACUACGCGUCUUGCGCAACGUCAUGGAGCUUUCGCUGCUGUCUACAACACUUUUUCCGUAACCAUCUUUUUUGGAUCAAAAACAAAACAAAAAUCAUUACAUUUCAGUACAAACGAGAUGAGAAAUGGUGUGGGCCCAUGCUUUUUUGCACACCGUUCAGUCCCGUUAUUGUGUGCGGCAGUAAGUGUUGGCAUGAGUCAACGUACGGAUGUAGAAGAACGACCGUACCACUGCAGUACAUCGAAACGAGGCCAAACCGGCGAUGACCUGGCGAUAUUGACGACCGGAGCCAUACCACAAGCGGGUCACUCUUGCAAAAAAAAAAAUGGUAAUAUUGGACGUUAACAGAGGAGUAAAUGCAGUUCAAACGAAA